GUAUGGUUAGUAUAUUAGCUUAUGAAGUAAAUGUAUUAAAUUUUGUGGCUGAUUGUUACAUUAGCUUAUCAACUAGUAGUCGUUUUGUGUCUGUUGUUACAAUAGCUUAUUAAUUAAUAUUCGUUUUGUGUUUGACUGUAAUAAUGACUAGUUUAAGUAAUGUGUGAUUAAAACAUAGAUUAAGUAAGGAUGUUUAUAUGUUACGUCUUGUAACAAAGUGUGGCAUUGGCUGCUAACUAGUAAUCUUUACGUUUUGAAUUAUGUGUUUAUUUAGUACAUGAUUGAUUUAGUAAUGAUGUUUACGUGUUAAGUCAUAUGGUGAUUAUCAUACUGGCUGGUUAUGUAGUAAUAUCUAUGUGCUUAAAACAUAUGUAAUUAUCACGUUGGCUAAUUCCAUAGUGAUCCUUCUAUUUUAAUAUUUUUUUGAGGUAUAAGGCUUAACAUGGUUGUAAAUUAGAUAGCAAGUAAAAAAAAAGUAACUAACACAAAUAAUAUAUUUCUAUGAUUUCAGAAAAGUCAAGUGGACAUUAAAAUAGUAACUUAGAGGCAAUAAUUUCUCAGUAUAUAUCUACUAAGUAGGAUAUGCUUUCAUCCACUCGUGGUAUAGUCUAGAGACGAUGUUUCGAACUGCUUGUACAUAUCUUCAUCAGUUCAGAGUAGAAAGGUCAUAGAAGGGUAAACAAUGGAAGACGGAAAUAACUGAGCUGAAGAAUGUGGAGUGCGUAGAAUUGCAAAACCAAUCAAAGAUUACAUGAAUUAUUGUUGAACCAGGCUGGAGAAAAAAAGCAGAUCUGCGUUGUUGAAAGUAUUGUUUGUUGAUAAUGUUGGCGGAAGAUGGGGUUAUUCAGAACAUACUGAUUUAAAUCCCUUUAUUUAUUUAUUCUUCUAAUCUGAAAUUUCGUAAAGAGAGGCAAAAAUAAAAGUUUCAAUAGUAUCUGAUAGUACGUUUGGUUCGGUUUCUAUUUUAGUUGACUCUAGUCUGUAAUUGUUUACCUGUUUCAUCAAUGUAAGAUUUACAAGUGCAGUUGAUUUUGUACGCACAUUUUUUUAUUUGUGCUAUUUUUGGAUGGCCUCGUAUUAACGAACCUUUUUUCUAAGGGUGGAAAUGGAUUUGAAGACUUGAAAAAGCGCAGAAGAUAAAUUUGGAAAAAAAUGCCUCUGAGAUUUAGUCGAUAUUGGAAAUAUUUGGAAGAGUAAUAAACUGUUGCAUUCUUCGUGGAAUAAGUUUGAUUUUUUAACGUAGAAGAGAAGUGGACCAGUUCGUCUUGGAAACAUUUAGAAUCGAACUCGUAUACUAUGGUUUGGAGAUGUGUUACUUCCCUGACUGUGUGCCUGUUGAUGAUAACCAACGUUGACCACUCAGCUGGACAUGGAAGGUUGAUUGACCCACCGUCCAGGUCGUCCAUGUGGAGAUAUGGCUUUCCUACUACACCUAAUUAUAACGAUCACGAACUUUUCUGUGGAGGCUACCAAAGGUUUCCAGUAAGAAGGGUGGACAAUAGCAUUGAAACUAUACUCCGUCUAAUGCCUACCGCGCUCAGUGGGUUGAUUGGAUUAAUAAAAAAAAAGGUUCAUUGGAAACGAAAUGGCGGAAAAUGUGGAAUAUGUGGAGACGCAUGGAACGAUCCACAACCUCGAAAAAAUGAGGCAGGAGGUAUUUACGGGAAAGGAAUUAUCGUGAAAAAAUAUCAAAAUGGACAGGAAAUCACAGCCAAGGUGCAGUUAACAGCGAAUCAUAAAGGUUUCUUCGAAUUUAAACUAUGCCCCAAUAAUAAUCCCAAAAAGGUGGCUACUCAGGAAUGUUUAGAUCGUUAUCCUCUUGCCCUAGCGGACGGAUCUGGCUACAAGUACAUCGUGCCUAACAAUCGACCAGAUACUUACAAAAUCCAGCUACGACUCCCUUCUGGACUUACUUGCACCCAGUGUGUGUUCCAAUGGACUUAUACUGCCGGAAAUAACUGGGGCACUUGUGAAGAUGGCUCGCAGAGUGUAGGAUGUGGUCCACAAGAAACUUUCCGAGGUUGUGCUGAUGUCUCUAUUCAGGGGGAUAACUUUGAGCCAGUGAGACCUCAACAACCACAACCUUCACCUCCCCCCACAAAACGAAUCUGGAGGCCUACUCACAGACCUCAUAUAAGGCACACCAAUAAACCAAAAGCUCCGCUAGUAAAGCACCCUAAUGGGAGGAGGAAAGUAUGCUAUCCUGUGAGUGUUUGGAAGACAGUACCAGGAAUGGACGUUUGGUGUAUAAACAACUGCAGCGGAGGCUUCUGUCCACCUUCUCAUUGCGCAUGCGAAUAAUCUGUAUCCUAGUUUAUUUUUGUGAUAUUUAGUCAGUUCACUAAAAAUGCCAGUGCUUAUGUAGCAUAGAGGCGCUAUUGCCUCUAAAUCUACACUCUUAAGCUUAGUCUAUAAAUAUAAUAUAAAGAAUGGUUAUUAUGAUAUAAAAAUAUGCUGUUUCAUUACAUACUACACAGCGAUAAACUGGCGAAAUAACUACAAAGCUACUAUUAAUAAACCAAUGUUACGAUAAAGUAGGCACAAAAUAUUUCAUUUAACACUGUCUUUAAGUCCUUCGUUCCACAUGAUCGCAGUAUGAUGUAAUGCGGGUAGUAUUCCCCAAACAAACGACAGAGAUGAUUAGAAAAUGGGAUUUAUUCAAUUAAUUUACAUUUCCUGUUUAAUUAUGUUGGGAAGUUUUUAAUAUGGAAAGUUUGUCUUAUGUUUACGUACACCAGUCAUUACGUAGACAUAGAAGUUCUGUCCCACGAGGGACACCUGGAAUUAAAUCAUUAUAAAAAAUUAAAAAAAAGUGUUACAUAGUAGCAAGCUGCGAAAGCGUUGCUGCAAAUCCCCAAUAAGUGGGGUUGUAGACGGGCUUAAAUCAAGUAUAGUAUUUUUAAUGUAACUUGCUGUGUAAAAUUUGACAAAAUAUUUAGUUUAGACCGUUUUAAAAAGAAAGACUGGCCAGUUCCUCUUCCCACCGUAGGACCAUGACCUUUGUUUGUAUUACUAUUGUUACUAUUGAAUUUACAUUGAUCUGAUGGCAAUAUUUUUAGUGCGCGCCACGCCCUGUAUCUUGUUAUAUAACGUUCAUUUUUGUUUUUUAUUCAUUACCAUUUAAAGGUUAAAUAAUUACUGUAAUAAAUUACGUGGAUUAGCUACUUAUUAGAAAAUGUACGACUUAAACAUCUAGAAAACAUAAAAAAUAAUAAGUUAAAAAUGUAUUCAGCUUAUAACAAAAAGACUAUUUCUUUCCCAUUUUUACACUAGUUAAGUAAAUACAGAUAAAAAUGGAACUGUGCUAAACAUUUCAAGAAACAUCGGUUCUCUCCUUAAGGGGAGUGUACAAGAACACGAACAUUAGUGACGUUUGGAAUCAACUACUUAUCAUGCACCGUGAUUCCACACUUCACUAACGUCCGUGUUCCUGUACAACUUAUUAUUGUCCUGAAGAAGA